UAUAGGCUAUUAUUGACAUCAAAAAGAUAAAUAUAAAUGUAUCGGGAUUUUAACCAAACGACAGGCACGUACUUUAAACUCUGCAAACGUGGCAGCAGAUUAAAAGCAUAACAAGAGGACUUUCUUUCCCCAAAAAUGUUUUAUUCACGGAUUAUUGUAACAUAUUUUGUGUUAAGUACUGGAAUUAUUUUCGCAGACUUGUUCUCUAAACAGCACUGUAUGGACAUUGGGUUAGUUACACUGAAAUGCAAUUAUAUUCCACUGGAAAUAAAUUCAACAGUGAAGACCUUUAUAUUAGAAGACGCUGAUGGUGUGCAUUUACAAUUUGUUGGUGACACUUGGCGAGAACUUCAGAAUCUGAGAAUGGAGUUAAAACUAGAUACAACAAAUCUUGCUAAUCCAUUCAUGGAGAUCAAGUCUAACACUUUUAUCAACCUUACUCAAUUGACUAAACUCGGUAUUCAUUCUCGCAAUGUUUUAUUCUCUACAGGUGCGUUUAACGGUCUAGCACAUUUAAAAAUUCUUGAUUUAGACAAUUGUCCGCGAUUGUCAAUUAAAACGUUAGUCUCUGCCCUGAAAAGUAGCGACGUCAUGCAUCAGUUGGAAAAACUAUCUCUGGACUGGAUGUUUUCGUGGAAAUCGCCACCAUAUAUGAGAUGGACCGAAGACGUGUUCUUGACAUUAUCUCGAAUGCCUUUGAAAGAACUCCAAGUUACUAACACUGGCAUAGAUUUUAAGGUUUCACAUUUCGAAUAUUUAGCAAAAUAUUUGGAAAUUGUAAACCUGCAUGACUCCACACUUAGCUACAAGGAGCCGGAUUUGCAUAGAAAUGUUGUUCGCAUGGACAAUUUAAAUGUUUUGAAUGCAAGCUUCACAAAAUUUGAUGGUCAAAAUGAUAUGUUUGGCGUGUUUAAUCAUAUUCCAGUAUUGUCUAAUGCUAGUGUUGUGAUAAAGAUUCCGCCAAUACUCGAAACUUUAGAAACUAUGGAUGUAAGUGGAGCUUUCCAAAGUCCAUUAAAACACAGGAUAAUGAAUAUAAACUUGGUUUUAAAGUGGGAUGAACAUAGAUGGAGGCCUAAGAACCUCAGCAUAAAAAACAACGACCUGCUGUAUGUCGACGUUACGGUAGAAACUCCACAGAAUAACGCGUUCAGGUACAUUGACCUUUCCGAAAACAAAAUGGAAUAUAUUUCACCUUCUUGGUUUGCUACAAGCUCGAUGACUAUUACGACUAUUGAUAUGUCAGGAAACAGAUUGGAUAUAAUGUUUCGGGAAAACAGUCAAGAGUUUUGCACUUUAUUCCGUAACCUUAUCACUCUUGAAACUCUUAGAAUGUCCAAUAAUAAACUUCAUUCGAUUCCAACAGAUAUGUUUGUAUCAAAUACCAAUCUUCAAUAUUUGGAUUUGUCGAAUAAUAAACUCACCCAGAUUACGUUUAAACUAGAAAUACUGAACUACGGACUGUAUUUAGAUAUGUCGGGAAAUCGGUUUUCGAAUCCUGAUAAAAAGUCCCUUGAUCGGCUGAAGAAUAUAGAAACUAUUAUAAAUGGAAACGAAAAGGGAAAUAACAAUGAAAUACAACUGAAAGACAACACAUUUGCCUGCCAAACUUGUGAAAAUAAAGAUUUUAUGGAAUGGGUUUCGCAAACUAGGUUGGUUAAUCUGACAACACAGCAGCUAACUUGCUUUACCAAGAAUAGCCAGAAAGAAAACAUUUCAAUAAAAACAUAUCAACGCUUGAGCAUCCUAUGUGAUACGCCUGCAAGGAAAGUCCGAAUGAUUUUGUUGGUAACAAGUUUGGUUGUCUGCAUUAUCAUUUGCACAUUUACUGGCAUAAAAGCUUGCCGCAAAUUUUCUAGAAAACGAGCUGAUUUGGUAAAACUACGAGAACGGAUAAAACAGAUUAAAGAAAACAAAUAUUCUAAACAAUACUUGGUUUUUCUAUCAUAUUCCAACAAAGAUGAAGAGUUCAUAGACAAUAAUGUAGUUCAUGGUUUAAAAAAGGCAUUUUCCACAUAUAUUGGAACAAAUAGAGAGCUUAUUUGUCGAGGGGACUUCCAUUUUAGGAUUGGCCAUAACAUUUGCAACGAAAUGGAGAGAUUAUUUCUCAAGUGUAGCGCGAUGCUUGUAUUUGUAACAGAGAACUACUGCAGGAGUCAGUUUUGUAAUAGAGAGUUUGAAUUUGCAACGGCGAUGAAGAUUCCUGUAAUUUUAAUGUUAAAAGAUGAAGUAGAUGUUGAAGUAAUGCCAGCUGAAAUGCGAAUGCUUUUUGACACAUUGACCAGGUUUUUAUGGACGGAAACUGAUGAAGGUUUUAUAAUAAAAACCUCUUGGGAAAAUGUAUGUAGAUCCUUAAUUCUGGCAAUGAAAUAAUCCCAUUUAAUAUGCAAACUUUUGAAUCUCCUGGUCAUUUGCUAAGCCACAUCGCAAUGUCACUGACAGGUAAAACGAAUGUGAAGCAAAUGAGUCUUUUCUCCUGUCCUGUGAAAGCCAAACGAUAAAAUAUUUAUAAAGAUUUAACUGUUUCCUACAGAAUAUUCAAGAUCUGGCAAGAGGCAACAAAAACAUUAUCAUUGUCACGUGUUUUUGAAAAAUGCAAUUGUAUAUUUUAGUUUGUGAAAGUAAAUAAAACGUUCCGUUGGUUUAAACAUUGAAAGAUAACGGUUGUGUCGAUAUAUGUAUAUAACAAUGUAUUGCAUUCGCUCAAGAUGUUUUGUUAGAAACCUCUACCAGAGAAAUGAGGACGGAGGCCGAUGACUGUUGUGGGAAAACUUCCUUAUAUUUAUAAUAUUGUUUUUUCUUGUUGUAUGAUCUAUUUAUGCUAAGUGUUAUUCACUGAGUGAUCGUUUGAAGUACUUCGGUGUAGAAUAGUAUCAUUAAAAGUUUUGUGUUUUAAUGUUUCUUGCUGACUGAAAAUAAAAGCUGAAUGUUUAUUUCAAAUGAUUGAUUUGGCGAAAUAAAUU